AUGGCUCAGUCUCAAGAACUCACAUCGCUUUGGUGGCCCGAAGAUAGAAUUAAAGCAACACUAGAUAUCAAAUACAUCAUCAGUCGGCUCCAACCCGAGAAUGUGGCUCGUCUCUUCGAUCUGCCUGGUUAUGGAGAGGGUCUGACGAGCAAGACGUACAAGGAAUGGAUCCUUCUUAAAGCGGGUCGGCUCUUCCUGACGCUCGAUUCAAUCGGUAUCCCAGAUCACAUAUUUGCCCUGGUAGACGAAUCCUGCGAUGAUGACGACAUGCCAUUUGCGGAACACUGUAUUGAUCAACUGCGCCUGUCACCUCACGGUAACGAUCCAGCUCUCGAUGCUAAGUUCUUUCGCGCACAAUGGCGAUUCCUGGUUCGGGGAAUUGGAGCUGGCGAACAUGUCACAUACACCGAAAACGAAGGUGUCCCGAUUGAGCUGGUGCGCACCAUGACCAACAACAGUGUCCAGAGUCGCGAUUCCUCUGUCGACAGGGUCAUUCUAGCUGGACAUGUAUGUCGAGUCUACCUGCGAAGUCAGGUUAAAGCUGGCGGACCACCACACUUCUUCACUCCGGCAGAAGUGCUCUCGGAGAUUAAAUCCUUGCGCAAGCUGGCGCAUGAGCACAUCGUCUCAGUUUUCGCCUCAUACUUCGCUGAUGAUAGCAUGUGUGUGCUCUUGACCGGCGGAGAGACAGAUCGCACUUUGCACAGCUUCCUAACCGACGAGCCCAUAGCCUUCAAGCGCCUCGCCAAGGAACAACGUCGGGAAACGCUCAUCGUCUGGCCCCAUUGCUUGAUGUCGGCGCUGUCUUGGCUGCAUGCGCACGGUCACGCCCAUGGCUCGAUCCGACCAUCUAACGUUCUAGUGGAUCCCAACUUCAACAUCUUCCUGGGACAGUUCCAAGCGCAAGACUCCCUCAUGGUCCCGCCCAAAGUCAACGACCUCGAGGCAUAUCAGUAUGCAGCCCCAGAACGCUGGGUUCCCGGAGCCGUGCCUAUCCAAGCUACUGUCAUGCCCCGCGCCGAGAGCCAAGUCAGUCUUCCGUCUGGUGGUCGUACAGGACGUCGCAAGAAGCCACCCCCGCUGGCCGGUAUCAGCGAGAACCAACGGUUGUCGCCAGACUCGACCUCAUCCAGGGGAACAGUGAUUCGAAUUGGCCAGAACAACGGCCAAAUCGAUUCCCCAACUCGAUUCUCCUUCGCAUAUGCAUACUCGUCAUCUUCCUCUAACGGAAGCGUCGUAGACAAAGCCACAUCGUCACUGAAGCAUUCAUUCCUCUCGAGCUUCCACCGAAAGUCUAAAAUACCUACAGCGCCAUCUCUCACAUCUUCAUCAAGCGCAUCGACCGCCGACUCCAUCUUCUCGCCAGUCCUAACCUCCUCCGCCUCAACCGCCGGCUCAAACACAUCUAUUUUCUCUCCACACCCACCCCCAUCCAGAGGUUCAAUCCUAUCAACCAGUACCUCAUGCCCAUCUCUAAACAUUAACAAACCCUCCCCGAUCCAGUUACCAGCAGACAUGUUCUCCCUCGCAGCUGUCAUCCUCGAAAUCCUGACCCACCUCUGCAAACGCUCCUUAUCCUCAUUCACCUCGCACCGCGCAGCGCGUAACAAAAUGGCCGGCCGAGGCGGCGGCAUGGCCGACGCCUCCUACCACCUCGCCCGCAAUACGAUCCAAGUGCAAUCAUGGAUCGCCCUGCUAGAAGGCGACGCGCUAAAACGCUGCCGCCGAAACCGCGGCAGCGACCGCGUCUUCCACGCCGUGCCUCGCAUGCUCCUCAUGAUCCGCGCAAUGCUAUCCGCUGAGCCGGAGAAACGGCCCAGCGCGCGCAGAGUACAGAAGUAUUUCUUGUCUGCAUUCAAAGACAUCCCAACCUCAAAUCGUGACGGGUCAGCCGUAAAAAGCCACUGCCCACCGCCCGAGAACGAGAAAGAGAAACUGAAAUCAAAGACCGAAAAGAGAAAAGAACUCAAAGAAUCAUCCUCAAACCCAAACUUGAGCUUGAAUUUGAACUUGAAUUCGAGCAUGCAAAACAUCGUCAAAAUCUACGAAGAACCUGCCCUGCCUGCACCCCUCCCCAAAACACAGAAGCAAACCGAGGAUAUAGACCCCUGUGAAUCCUCGUCCGUCUCGGACUUCGAUUUCGGCUUAUCGGAAUCUCCCAGUGACGACGAUUCUCUCGGUGAGCUAGAGGGUACACAUACUCAUACUCCUGCUAUUACGAAGUUGGAGAUGCUAGACUCGCUUCUUCCCCCUGGUUUCAGACCCCCGGCUGUAUAUGCCCCUGUCACGCCACGGGUUGAGCCUAAAAUUAUCCUUCCUUCUGGUGGGCGCACUGGUCGGCGGAAGAAGGCUGUCCAGGUCAAGGCUUGA